AUGGUAAUUGUCAUAAGAUUUGUGAACAAGGAUGGCCAGAUAAUUGAAAGGUUUUUAGCUUUGGCUCAUGUAAAAAAAACUACAUCAGUUUGUUUGAAAGAGGCAAUUGACUCCGUAUUUGCUAAGUUUAAGUUACCUUUGUCGAGAUUGAGAGGCCAAGGAUACGAUGGAGCAUCAAACAUGCGAGGUGAAUGCAAUGGAUUGAAAGCACUAAUUUUAAAGGAAAAUCCAUCAGCUUGGUAUGUCCAUUGUUUUGCCCACCAACUUCAAUUGAUAGAGAAUGUGAAAGAAAGCUUGAGAUCAUUUCGAGAAUUUGGAUGGGAUACUUUCUUGCAAGAAGUGAAUGAUUUGUGUGGGGCAAAUGACAUUUCAAUAACAAACAUGGAUGAUGAUGCUCCAAAGCGGAUUAGUAAGAGAAAUGGUUCAAACAUCAAGAACUACCAUCAUAAAAUCGUUGGAAUAUUUUUUCAGGUCGUCGACUUACUUACACAAGAGAUGGAAAAUCGUUUCUCUGAGGCAUCCACAGACUUGCUAAGUUGUAUGGCAUGCCUCGAUCAAAAAAAUGAUUUCGCUGCUUUUAAUGUUUCAUAA